GUGCAUGACUAGGAGGUCCAACAAGGACAACCUAGUUGAACAUCCAGAGAUAGACAAGCUUGAGAAGCAACUUAGGAAGCAGAAAGCCCAAGAGAUGGCCGACGAAGCAGCUCGCGCUCACGCCGCUGAAGUGGCGCGCGCUCAAGAAGAAGGAAGAGAUCCACCUCCUCCUCCUCCUAACCCUGCUGGAGAUGUGAACGCACAACCCCAAGCUGGAGCACCUACAAUCGGAGACUAUGACUCUGCCGAUGCUUUCUUCAUGGAUAGAAACCCUAUCCAUCCACCACCCCUGCAAGGAAUGACUAUGAGAUCAAGCCUCAGAUCAUUGCAUUGCACUACAAGAUCCAAUGGAGUCUCUGCUGACUACCUUAAGUGCAAGCUCUUUUCAUUCUCUCUUGGCGACAAAGCUUCAAGAUGGUUGAAGUCUCUGCCAGCUCACUCCAUCACCACUUGGGAUGAGUACAAGGCUGCAUUCAUCAACCACUUCUACACCAAGCAAAGAUCAAUUUCUGUAGAAACAAGAUCUCCACUUUCGCCAAGGCAACAAUGA